AGCACAAAAAGCUUUCAAGCAGCUAUUCGCCCUCUCACAUAUAGUAGAACAAUGUCAGAAAAUUAAACCUGAAACACAAGAAGAACAUGAAGAAUUAAAGCAACAAGUAAGGAGAAUGCUAACUGAUACUACCACAAUCAAACCUUCAAAGAAAUUGCAUUUAAUAGAUGCGAUUCAACGCUUAGGCAUUGCUUACCAUUUUGAGAUAGAAAUUGACAAUGCCUUAGAGAAGAUACAUCUUGGUGGUGUUGAUCAUGUUGAAUAUGAUCUUCACACAACUGCUGUCUGGUUUCGAUUACUUAGACAACAAGGAAUUAAAGUUCCAUCUGAGAUAUUCAAGAAAUUCAUAGAUGAAAAGGGAAAAUUCAAGGAAGAUUUAAUAAAUGAUGUACCUGGAAUGUUAAAUUUAUAUGAGGCUGCACAUCUUCGCCUUCAUGGAGAAGAUAUCUUGGAAGAAGCUAUUGCUUUCACUAUCUCUCACCUUGAAUCAAUGGCAACAAAAGUAAGCCCUCUGCUUCAAGAACAAAUAUCCCAUGCCCUAAUUCGUCCCAUCCGAAAAAGCUUACCAAGAAUUGAAGCAAGGUAUCACAUCUCUCUGUACUCCAGAGAAACCCAUUUUGCUUCCUCUAAUGCAGCACUACUUAAAUUUGCAAAGAUGGAUUUCAACAUGGUGCAAGCAUUGCAUCUAAAAGAACUCAACGGAAUUACCAAGUGGUGGAAAGACUUGGAUUUUGCAACAAGUUUACCAUAUGCAAGGGAUAGACUUGUGGAGGGCUAUUUUUGGAUGAUGGGAGUUUACUUUGAACCCAAAUACUCCCUAGCAAGGACAUUUCUAACUAAAGUAACGGCCAUGACAUCCAUUUUGGAUGAUACAUAUGAUAACUACGGGACACCUGAAGAACUCGAGCUCUUGACCAAGUGUGUUGAAAGGUUAAAUUCUCAACUUUAAGCUUGAUCAUUUUAGUUAAAUCUUACUACAUUAUAAAAUUAUUAAAUUCUU